CCGCCAGCCCCGUCCUCCUCCCUGGCUCUCGGCGGCGCCCGCUCCCCAACUCCUUCUGCGAUCCUGGCGUCGUCCCGCCCCACCUUCUCCCUCCCUCCCGGCGCCACCCUGCCCCCACCUUCUCCCUCACCACUGGCGCCGCCCAACCCCCAACCUUCCUGGAUCCCGGCGCUGCCCCGCCCCCACCUCCUCCCUCGCUCCCGGCCGCCCAUGCCGCCUAUGCGCGCCCCUCCCUCAGCCCACCGGCGACCUCCCAUCCUCCACCGUCUACCCCACCGUCGGAUCUCCUCCUCCCCUCUCCUUCUCUCCCUCGCGGACGCAUCAAACCCACGAAAUUUCCCUCCUCGCGGCCGGAACCCUAGCUCGUGCCUGUGGGGACUGGGCUGGAGGUGCGGCACGGGGUUCGCACCGCAGGAUUCGCCAGCGACGAGUCCAACAGGUAGUCGAAUCGGGGAACGGGAUGGCGCACCCUGCUGCAGCCGCCGGUCGGGACCAGCGCAGCGGCAACGAACGUCGGUGCGCCUCCGUUUCCUCGACCUCCAAGGACGCGGCCGCCGGAUUUGUUCUCGCCUGACCAACCUCGGUAUCCAGCUCCCUACAGCCACCGCCGACGUUGACUCCCAAGCAGGCGAGGAUGACAAUGACGCCAAAGAUGACGAGGCCCCGAGCUCAAGCACGACCACUACGAUGCACUGCACAAAGGCCCCUGCUUCCUGCCUGCCCUUCCCUUUGCUUGGAAGAUAGCUCUCUCCAGAUGUUGUUCCUGUCCUUCUCCUUGGUUGUUGAGCGCUACACUGUCAGGCCUCGAUAUAUACCUGUCAUAAGUUCAGUUAAGUCGCGGGUAACGAUUCAGUUAUCCAACGGCUAGGAUCAAAUAGGUGGCGAUCAUCUCGACCGUUGGGCGUUAUUACCGUUGUAACAGUUACUGUUCUUACCGUUCGGGUUAAAACCCCUCCCUAUAACUAGCCGGGUUGUGGCUGGAACGAAUAUGCUUUUGGAUGAAUUCCCUCAACGCCGUCAUGGCUAAUAUACUGGAACCCUAGCGUUACUCUUA